AUGUCGGACCGAAAGCGUAAAUGGGACCAACCAGCAUCGGGAGACGGUGACAUUCCCUCGAAAGUGACCAAGACAGAAGAGACGAACAAGGCGAGCGAGGCCGCCACGCUGCUGUCAGCUCUUAUUGCUGCGAAGAUUGCGCUCAGUUCGGGAGCGCUCGACCAUAAACGAGAUCCAUUUGACGGUCCGUUUACGCACGAUAUCGAGAUCAACGAUUUGCGCAACCGGUACUUGUUAACAAAGGGGUCGACCCAACAACAGAUUCAUUCAGAGACGGACGCGUCUGUUACCACAAAGGGUGUUUGGUAUCCGGAUAAAUCCAAGGCGACUGAAAAGGACCCACCGCUUUACUUGCACAUUUCGGCGGCCACUCAAGAAGUCUUGAACAAGGCAAUCGAGAAGGUCAAUGAGUUGAUCAACACCGACAUGGGCAGCCUGUUGGAGGACAGGAAACGGGAUGAUAGAGGUCGUGAGAGGAAAAAGUGGCCCGAGGAAAAAAUUCCAGUUGGUCUAGAGACUCUACGAAACUUUAACGUCCGCGCAAAAGUUGUCGGUCCAACCGGUAUGUUUGUAAAGUAUAUUCAACAAGAGACAGGCACUCGUGUCCAAAUCAAGGGCCAAGGCUCUGGUUAUCUCGAUAAUGAAACUGGACGUGAAUCUGAGGAGCCGAUGCAUAUCCAUAUUUCGGGUCCUGAGGAAGGUAUGGUCAAACGCGCUAAAGAGCUCACCGACGACUUGUUGGAGGUCGUUCGUGCCGAGCACGAAAAGGCUCGGCAAAUGAUGUACCAUCAACAACAUGAGCUACAUCUACUCCAACAAGGUCAAUAUGGGUACAACUUCAAUCAAAUGGGUGGGUAUGAUGGUAGUGCGGCCCCUGCUCCUCCUCCAACAGAAGCUCCCCCACCUCCUCCGCCUCCGCCUGGUGGGGAGGCUCCUCCCCCUCCCCCCGGAGGAGAAGCACCCCCGCCUCCUCCUGGUGGUGCUCCUCCACCAGGCCCGCCAGGUGCUGCGGAUACCCAAUCAGCACAAGAGCAGUUCAAGGCUUACUGGGCUGCAUAUGGAUACGACGUCGAUUCUGACCAAUUCAAGCAGUGGAUGGCAUCUCAGCAGUCAGACCCAUCCCAGUAUGGCCAAUAUUACCAGCAGGGUGCAGGACAACAGCCCCCGACAUCAUCUUAA